AUGGAUUCGUGUAUUUAUGAGGCGCUACCGAACGCUCUGACCAGAGAUGAGAUCCAGAGAUCUCUCUGCAAGAGUGAGAAGACCAGAACACAAGUCCAUAAUUGUGUUCAACAAAAGCGCAAACAAUUGGGAGAUAUUUCACAAAACGCUGAAAUCGUCAAAAAGAUAAAAUCGCUGAAGACUUGUAUCAGUUCUGUGACCGAUAAUAAGAAACAGUGA